CUCAAAAACCGGAAAUAACGCAGUGUGUUGUUCGUCAAACUGAAAUCCAAAUUGCUAAAUGGUAGCCACAUUUUAUUUCCAAUUAUAUACUGUAAGUAAUUAAAAACCCGAUGUGCAUAACCUUAAUGCGUUAAUAAGUAAUGUAAUUGAAACGGAAAGGAAACAUUUAGCAGUAAAAAGAUGUAUCGUGGUCGGCCUCCACCUCGAGGAGGGUAUCCCCUGCCGUAUGAGGGCCGUAGUCCUCGGCCUGCGUUCAGAGAAGAUAGAGGCAGACCCAGACCGCCAUUUCAGGCUUACCAUGACGGUGUUUCUCCAGAUCCUUACAGGCGUUCUCCGCCGCGUAGGAGGUAUCCUUCACCCGGUUCAGGAAGUCACAGAGGUCCAGGUGGUGAAUACUGGGGCAGUGGCCCUACAAGAGCAAGAUCUCCGUGUAGUGGCAUCCCUACUGACCACAGUCUGGUAAUCACUGUGGGCAAUGAGUUUACUGGGCUACCCUCAAGAGACUAUCAUUCCUACCCCAAAAGGCCCAGUUAUGACAGCCUUGAUGACCGAGGUCCCAGGAGGCGAAGUCCUAGCAGAGGGAGAAGCCGUCCUCGUAGUCGUAGCCCAGAAUUCAGUGGACGGAGCAAGAGCCGUCCACGUAGUCGCAGCCCUGCAAUGAGGGGACGGAGCAAAAGCCGAGCCAGAAGUCGGAGUCCUGCUAUGGGGGGACGGAGCAAAAGCCGAGCCAGAAGUCGGAGUCCUGCUAUGGGGGGACGGAGCAAAAGCCGGGCUCGAAGUCGUAGCCCUGAAAUGGGGGGACGGAGUAAAAGCCGGAUCCGAAGCCGCAGCCCUGAAAUGGGGGGACGGAGCAAAAGCCGGAUCCGAAGCCGCAGCCCUGAAAUGGGGGGACGGAGCAAAAGCAGGAUCCGAAGCCGCAGCCCUGAAAUGGGGGGACGGAGCAAAAGCCGGAUCCGAAGUCGCAGCCCUGAAACGGGGGGGCGGAGCAAAAGCAGGAUUCGAAGCCGCAGCCCUGAAACGGGGGGGCGGAGCAAAAGCCGAGUUCGAAGUCGUAGCCCUGAAAUGAGCGGGCGGAGCAAAAAUCGGGCUCGAAGCCGCAGCCCUGAAAUUGGGGGACGGAGCAAGAGUCGCGGAAGGAGCAAGAGCCGUCUUUCAAGCAGGUCCCGAAGCAGGAGCGAGAGUCGUUGCCGGAGCUAUACACACAAGAGCAGGAGCCGUAGUGUCAGUACUAGCAGCACCAGCAGUAGCAGGAGCAGCGGCGGCAGUGUGGGAGGCAGUAAUGAGUUAAAGAAGUCGAGCGGAUUGAAGGAGCUGGAGUUGGCGCGACGUCGCAAAGAGCUGGAAGACAUGCUGAAUAUGCCCACAAAAUCCAUCCUGAAGAGGCGCAUCGACUCAGAGACUGACUCUCCCUCAUAUGUGCAGAACAGUGAUUCUCCAAGAGUUGUACCUGCUUGCGAGGCUGAGGCAGAGCGUCUUCUCUCAGCUAUGAAGGGCAUGGACCCUAACAUGUUGGCCACCAUGCUGGGAGAGCUACGGGAUGACUCAAACAUUUCCCAGGGCAGGCUGGACCCCAGUGGAAUUGCAGGAAUCCUUGGCCUGUUGGGAGGUGUGUCUGCACCGCAGGAGGAAAAAAGGAAGAAGUUAACAGACAUUGAAGAUGAGGAAAAGUUCCUUUAUGGUGACGAAGACGACCUAGAGAGUGGCCGGACUCCAGCCAAAGCUCCUCAUCAGCACAGUCUGUCAGACCUCUAUGGUGAUAUCAUGAGUGAGCCGGCACACUAUGGUGCCUCAUCGCAACUAGAGAGUCAUCCUGUUACUGUUGAACCGAGAAGCUCUCGUCAACAACAGAUGGACAUGAGGUAUCAGCAUCAAAGCAGGUCCUCCAUCACGCCUGACCAGAAGGCUGAGGAGCAAAACGACUACCCGCCUGGGACAGGGCCACUGGAAGGGAAGGAAAAACAAGAUGUGGAGGAGUAUGAGAAGAUCCAGGACCUGCUGAAAACCAUCGGGCUAGACCUGGGGGUGACUGAAAUCAGCAAGAUGGCUGCCAGAACUCAGGAGCGUCUACACGGAAAGAGGCCCCCUCCGAAGACCCCCACUCAUCGUCCAGGAAAGAGGCGUGCUCACCGUGACUCUUCAGGGAGCUCUGACGAGGGCCGGCGCAGAAGCCACAGCGGGACCAGCUCCAGCAGUCGCAGCUGGAGCGGCAGCCGGAGCAGCAGCAGGGAUAAGAGCAUGAGCCAGAAGAAAUCACCUGAGAGACACAGUGCCCAUGCCAAGGCUCGAGGUGGCAGAGAGCUAAAAACCCAAGACAACAGUUGGGGGAAGACUGUAUCACAAACUCCUGAACCUUCACCUGUGCCACCCACUCACCCAUCUCUAUCAAUGCCUGCCUACUCCCAAGCCCAAUCACAUCCUCUGGUACCUCCCAACUACCCACCCCCUGGCUACGGGCAGUAUGGGAACUGGCCCUACAUGCCCCAUCAGUGGCCCAUGUACCCACCUCCAUCUAUGGGCAUGCCUCCUCAACCUCCUGUUGAAGAUUUUCCAAACGCCACACAAUUUGACCGACCGUUCCUUAAGGUCAUCCAGACAGAUUUGCACCAGAGUGGUGAUACAAAGGCAUCAUCAAAGGUGGCCUCUCAAGAUAAUGGGAAGGACAGAAGGGUUUUAGAAGAGAGAAAUAAUGAAAGCCAAAAACAAAAGGUUCUUGAAGAAAGGGAAAAACUGAGACAAGACCGAGAGAUUCGUAUGAAGAAGAAAGAUUAUCUCAUGAAGGAACUAGAGAGAUUGCGAAAACAACAAGGGGAGCUUCUGCGCAAAAAGCGUAGGGAAAAAGAUGGCCAUAAGGAUCCGUUGCUGUCAGAGAUCAGUCGGCUCCAGGAAGAGGUCAUGUCUCAGAUUGGUGAGCUGCGCAAAGAGCACGAGGUAGCAGAGAAGAAACGGUCUGAGCUGGAUAAGGUGGCUCUCAUUCUCGGUCUCCAGCCUACUGACAAGCCCAGGCGAGAUGGUAGGGCUUCUGUGGACCAUGAGCAGCCAACACGCCAACCACCCCCAGAGAAAGAGAAGAAACCGAAGCAUCUAGAGAAAUCCCCUGUGGUCCAGGCCUCUGCUAAGGUAACAUCAUCCUCAAGAACCUCUCCGGAAAAACUUAAGAAAAUCCCUGCCAGUACCCGGCCUCCCGAAACUCCUGCAGACCUGUUUGAGUACUAUGAUGCGGGUAACCACUGGUGCAAAAGCUGCAAUGUCACCUGUGGUUCCAUGUUCGAUUUUUUCACACACUUGCACAGCAAAUCCCAUCGAAAGACUCUGGAUCCUUACAGUCGACCGUGGGCUUCAAGUUCACCCAACAAUGAGAAGAGUAAGAUUCUCUCUUCAGGAGAGAGAAUGACUAAGCCGGCUAAAGGAUCAGAGUUUUUGGUGCCUGUGAGGGGAUAUUAUUGCCAGCUGUGUGAGCAGUUUUACGGGGAUGCGAUUUGUGCUGAGGAUCAUGCCAUUAGUCAUACUCACAAUGAGAACUACAAGAAACGAAUGUAUGAAUAUCCACUCUACGAACAGAGAAGAAACCUGGAUCGUCAGGCUGGACUCACUCUGGAAGUUAGUGACAAAAAGCAGUCUGAGCUCAAACGCAAACACGAUGAGGAAGAGUCCAAAAAGAGCAAAGAAAUUGAUGAAGGAAAACACAAACGCAGCAAAAAGGACAAGGAGGAGGACCGAAAGGCUAAACACAGGAAGGAGGAAGAGGAGAAGGCUAAGCAGAAGGAGGAAGAAGAAAAGGCUAAGAAGAAGGAAGAGGAAGAAAAGGCUAAGCGCAUCAAAGAGGAGGAGAAGUAUAAAUUCAACAAAAGGGAGGAGAUGGAGAGGAGAUAUAAACAUAGCAAGGAGGGGGGAGUGAGGCCCAAGUACAGUAAAAAGGAGGAGGAGGAGGAGUGGUACAAAUACGACAGGGAGGAGGAAGAGAAACAGAAAUAUCGUAGAGAGGAAGAAGACCGGUCUAGAUUUAGCAGGGUAGAUGAAAGACCCAAGUUUAGUUUGAGGGAUAAUGACGAGGAUGAUGAAGACCGAUCCAGAUACGGUAAGUGGAAAGAGCUAAGCCCAAAAUAUAACAAGAAAGAAGAGCGAUAUAGAUCAGAGAGGGAGGAAGGGAAAUAUAAAAAUGAAAAGGACGAAAGACAAUCCAGGCAAGAUAAGGGUGGGCUUCAAAAGGAAGAUAAGUCAGUAUCUAGAAAGCUUUGUGAGCCUGAAAAACCCAUUGAGCCUCCAAAAGUGUUUUGUGGGCCUAAUCCAGCAUUGAGAGCAAAGCUGCGCAAGAAAAGCGAGGAAACUGCCAAAGUGGAGACGAAGGCUCAACUUGCCUUUGGAAAGUUCAGUUGGAAGAAAAAACUAGAAAAUGAGCUUGCAAAGGAGGCAGAGAGAGUGGCUGCUGAGUUCCUGAAGGAAGAUGAGGAAGUGGCUGAAGAGGAUGAAGACCCAGAUGCAUUUUCAAAGUCUGUGGCUGCAGCCAAGAGCAUUGCUAUCAAACUGUCAGGGAAGACUGUCAUUCCCCCGACUAACACAUGGGUACCUUUCAACUCUGGAAAAAUACGCCCAAACCUCCCUGCUCCUUCGAUAGUCCUUAGAAAGUCCUCAGGACUUGGGCCCUGGGUGUAUGCUAAACCGGCUCCACUCAACACAUUCCUCUCCAUCAAACCACCAGGGGCCAGUGGAGUGACACCUCUGCCUGUUGUACCUAACCAACCUAAAAAGGACCCUAUACUUGCACCAGACGUAAUUUCCAAAGCAUUCUGUGGAAAGGAGGUGGAUUUGAAAAUGACAGCAGAUGACACCGGGAAGCCAGAUUCCACUUCUAACCCAGAUGAAAAUACAGAUGGCAUUGGGAAACAAUUUCCCACCUCAACACCAGAUGAAAAUAAAGCUUCCACAGUAGAAUCUGUUAGUCAAGCCCAUACCUCAAGUCCUUCAGCGGUAAUGCCAGAGUUCAAGGCACCCCUUCCUCCCCCUCCUGCCCUGACCGUGCUAACCAUGAAGUCUGAUGUAUCUGCACCAGGGGUCCCUGAGAGUGAGCAGAAUGUACCUGUCAUGGUGACACCUCCUCCCUUCAUGCAAAGACCGACAAAUGACGUGAUGAACAAAUCAGAGAAACCUAAGUCUAGCCUAGCGGCAGCAAAUGCCCAGGACUUAUUUGAUAUAUUCUAUAGCAGCAGUAACACAGCCAGUACCACAUCCACCAUCUCCACAACCACAUCCACUAAAGCAAUUGUAGAUUCCAGAUCUGAACCAAGUGUCUCCAAGAACAGCGAAGCAUUGGUUUCUAUUUCCCCACAAACCCGACCCAAACUCUCAGCUCAUGACAACAGUCACACCAUUGAAUCUGACACUCCGGUGUCAAUAGAGAGUGAGACUGGGUCUGACCUGCAGCAGGCAGUCCCAACUGAGGUGAUGAACAAAUCACAAAAACCGAAGUCUAGCCUAGCUGCCGGAAAUGCCCAAGAUUUAUUUGAUAUAUUCUACCGCAGCAGUAAUACAACCACAACCAAAUUCACUAAAGCAAUUGUGGAGUCCAGAUCUGAGCCAAGUGUCUCAGAGAACAGCGAAGCUUUAGAUUCUAUGUCCCCACAAACCCGACCCAAACUCUCAGCUCAUGACAACAGUCACACCAUUGAAUCUGACACCCCAGUGUCAAUGGAGAGUGAGACUGGGUCUGACCCGCAGCAGGCAGUCCCAACUGAGGUGAUGAACAAAUCACAAAAACCGAAGUCCAGCUUAGCUGCUGGAAAUGCCCAAGAUUUAUUUGAUAUAUUCUACAGCAGCAGUAACACAGCCAGUACCACAUCCACCAUCUCCAUGACCACAUCCACUAAAGAAAUUGUACUGUCUAGAUCUGAACAGAAUGUCUCCAAAAAAAACAAAGAAACCCAACCCAAACUCUCAGCUCAUGACAAUAGUAACUCCAUUGAAUCUGACACUCAGGAGUCAAGAGACUCUGAGAGUGGGCCUGUCACACAGCCCAAGGAAGUGACCCCUGAAAAUGCCCUUGCACAACUGAAUAACAAGCUCUUAGCUCUUGACAACAAUAACACAAUCGAAACUGCCACCCAAGAGUCAAUAGAAACCGAAAGUGGGUCUUACAUGCAGCCCGAGGAGGAGACCCCUAAGGAAAUCCUUGAAAAUGUCCCUGUUCAACUGGAUAACCAGCUCCCAACUUCAGACAACAGUAAUGCUGUUGAAACCCACAGACCGGAGGCAGUAGAGACUGAGAGUGGGUCUGACCCAAAGCCCAAUGAAGAGACCCUUGAAGUAUCCUCUGAGGAUGCCCCCUUACAACUGGAUAACCCAUCUGAUACUUUAGGUAUCUCAACAGAGACCCUAGAUCUCCCGACAGAAGUGCUGGGCUUAGACCUUUUUGAUUUUAAUUUUGAAUAACAACAGAUCUCACUUGUCUUGACAGAAGGCUGUUGGAGAGGGUGUGUCUUUUAGAUAGUGAAGGCUGUACAAGGGGAACAAGUCGUACCCCACAAAUCUAACUGAUUAGGAAACUAAGCCCUCUUGGUGGCCCUGGCUGGAAGCUAGAAUUUAAAUGGAUGAGGGAGAAAAUGUCCACUGGAAUAUCUGGCUUUGCGUGAUGAGUCUUUAGAAGCUUGUGCAUCUGUUCUGCAAUACUUUUGUGUUAAGAAUUAUUUCUUUGUUCAGCAAAACAGUUCUUUACAUCUUGAAAGGUAAUGUACCGUAAUCUGCUUAUUGAUUACAAUAGAGUUUGGUAUAUCCACGUUCACUUUUAAGCAAUUUGUUCUUUUCUCUUUAAAUGAUUGAAAGGUAUUUCAAUACAGGGACAAGAGAACUCAAGGUUAAGAAGAAACAGAAUUUGGUAAGGUAGUGAAGCAUGGACCAAAACACAGCCGGACAGUAUUUUCUUUGACUAUUUCAUUAUGUUAUAUUUAUCACUCUUUACAGCACCGCCCAGAAAAGAUGUGGAUAUAAAUACUAAUGGACAUAACUUUGGAGUUGUUGCUCUUAUUUUAAUUUUUUUUUACCUAGGUGUGAUGGACCUACGCUCAAUGCUUUUCUUUUGUUUUAGUGAAAAUGUAAUCCAUUUGGUUGUUCUUUAACUGUUGUUGCUGCUGAAGUAGAGUUGAAAUAAAUGUCAGUGACUACA